GCGAGGCCCGGUCCUCCCGGCUAGACUAGCGCCCGGGGAGAGGAGCUCCCCGGUUGCUGGGCCUGUGGCGCUCGCCCGGCAGAUGCCCGCGGCUCUUUGAUUGGCCACGUGGCACCUGCUGUAGGUAUCGUGAAUGACCGACGGCGCGAGGACAGGGAUUGCGCCAGCCGUGGAAACGAUGAGCACACGAAUAGGGGCGCACUUUUCCGGGUUAGAGAGGGGGUUGGUGGGGGAGAUACAUCAUAGAGAUACGUCUUUUGACAUGCCUGAUGACGUAUGGAUCAGAGAGGAUGAUGGCCAAGAUGAGGUGGAUGUGAUCAAUCACUUUGCACUUCUUAGCGCUGUCUACAUGGAUGGGGGAAGCGGGGUGGAUGAGCAGGUGGAAGAAGACGUCGUCAACAUUGACACUGAUGAGGACGGCGACACGCUUUUUUACACGGACAAACGGAUCAUCAGAAUGAAAGACCGGGGCGAUGUGGCCAAAUACUAUGCACAUCUUACCGCGGUCUACGAGGAUGGGGGAAGCGGGGAGGAUGAGCAGGUGGGAGAAGACGUUGUCAACUUUGACACUGAUGAUGGCGGUGAUAUGCCUUUUUUCAUGCAUAAUGACGACUGCCAGCGAGAGGUUGAUGGGCAGGACGAGGGCGAUGUGGCCAAACACUUUGCACAUCUUAUCGCGAUCUACAAGGAUGGGGGAUUGCAGGAUAAUGAAGACUCCGUGCAACAGGGGGAUGGUGACCAGCUGGAGGUGGGGGAGGAGGAGCAGGGGUCUAUGGUAGAAGCGGGGGUUAACGUGGAUAAGGAGCAGAGAAUGGAGGCGGUGGCUGUUGUGGAGGACAGGCAGGUGAUGGGUGAGACCGAUGACAACGGUGGGAGGGCUGACAACACUAACGACAAAAACAACAACAACACGGUGAUCACGACAGGGUUGGUGGCUGUAGUGGAUGAGAGGCACGUAAUAGGUGAGAUUGGUGAGAAGGGUGGGGAGGCUUCCAACGGCAACAACAACAACAACAACAACAACAACAACAACAGGGGAUAGGGAGAGGGAACUACAACCUUGUUAGGGCUUGUGAAGGGGGAUUUGGGGUUGAUGGGAUCGGCGGCAAAAUGGGCGGUG